GUGUUUGCCGCCAAAGACCUAGGUGGCCAUGUGCGGCCCUGCAUGGACGUCAUGGGCGUGCUGGCUCACGGACACGUUGCAGCUCUAGCUUUAUCUCACCCUUAUGUUACAAAGGGCAGCAGUUUUUGCACAGAGCUCAUCUUGAAUGUUCUGAAGAGGAAGACGUUCCUGCAGAUCGGUUGCAAAGGAAAUCACCUGCAGGGCGUGGGCGGGCCAGGAGCGCCACACGUAUUUUCCUUCGACAGAGUCGGCGACUUAGGCAUCCCGCGGGAUCAGAUCGAUACUCGAUUUUGGGAUGGCCUGGGCGCACCGCCGCAUCCAUCUGAUGUAGUCUUGAGGACGAAGCAAAAUAUGUCUUUGCCGGACACAGAGUACAGCCAACCAGUGUUAUAUCUGCCGCAUUGUGUGGCGCAAGAAUUGGUUUCUGAGCGUAGCGUACCUGAAGGCGGGGCAGGGGCAACUAGGUUGUGGCAGUCUGGCUUGACUUUCCCAUGCCUCAUAGACUUGUGCCAGUUCUCCAAGAAGAGCGCGCCCGAGAUGAUCAAACUGCAGAGGGAUGGGCAAAAUUGGCCCACCUUUUGCGUGCCUAGCCUAUUCUUAUUUGUCUCCUGGCGGUUUCAGGCUGUUGGGUCCUGGGUUUAG